AUGUCAUUCGAUAUUGAUUGGGACAGCAUCUCAAAUGACGCCAGCAUAAAUUCCCAAUUAUCGGACUUCCUGAAUGAUAAGCUCUCUUCAAUUGCACUUCCUAACUACCUGAGUGGCCUGAAAGUGGUAAAGUUUUCUUUGGGACACAAAUCACCCGAGCUCACGAUUAGAGAUAUAGAUCAGCCGUUCGAGGAGUUCUACUCCGAGAUUGAGCCACCUGCGCAGCCUAAGUCCAAACCAGUUCCGGUUACCCCCCUAAAGGCAUCUUCCAAGGCCCACUUGGAUGUAUCUCGAAGCCCUUCUCCGGCGAGUGUUUUGGUUGGGGGUCUCUCGAGCCCGGUGGGAACACCUCGCGGGUCUCUUUUGCUUCCUCGAACAAACUCGUACGGCCUGGGGCUAGGUGCAUUUGGUUUGCGAGAAAUCCAUGAGGAGCCGGAAGCCAGUCACGUUCAAGAGCCAGAGAAGAAAGACACUCGGAGAUCAGACAACGACAUACAAUUCAGUCUUGAUUUCAAGUUCAACUCCAACAUAUACAUCGAGGUAGUGUGUAACCUACUAAUCAACUAUCCUACCCACGAGUUUAUCAAGCUCCCCGUCCGGCUGAAAAUCACCCAUUUCCAGAUCCACUCUCUGGCGGUGCUGGCAUACAUACAAAAACGUGUGUUUAUUUCCUUUUUGUGCGACAUUGACGACGAGGAAGCUGCCCACGAGUCGGGUGAGGAGGGUCGCCAAGACUCGCGCAAAUCGUCAGUGUCCGAAAUACCGCACACAGUCCUUUCAUCGCGCGAUAGGAUAGACAUAAUUCGCAAUCUGAAAAUCGAAGGAGAACUCGGGAGUCACCAAGACUCUCCUUCUCUGAAUCAAGGCUCUGUUCUACGGAAUAUUGGCAAGAUCGAGAAAUUCCUCGUUGGCGCAAUAAGAAACAUCCUCAUAGAAGAGCUGGCCUGGCCCAGCUGGAUCGAGCUGGAUUUAACCGAAGAGUCCUAA